GCAUCUCUUAUCGGUUCGUAACGAGAUUCGAAAUAGAAACGAAGGAUCGAAUAUUAGAAUCGAGUGGAAGUAGAAAAUUAAUUUCGUGAUGCCGUAACGGAAAGAAACGCGGACAUCUUUAUUGCGUUGGUUCGAGUCAGCGUGGAAUGAUAAAUGGUGGCGACCAGCGGCAUGGUGUAUGAGGAGAUAGUCGGAAUACGGGGCAGCUGACCCCAGCCGCCACGCACGCUUUUCACGCGCGAGAUGCCCCACAACUUAAACAACGCUUCCGCCAACUCAGCCAACACAGGACCGAAUCACCAGGCCUACGCACAACAACCUUAUCACCGACAGAAUGGAGAUGAACUCCAGCCAGAGAAGGAGCCGGUGGAGUUCGACACGUCGCAUCUGCGCGGCGCACCGGCCGAGGUCGAGGCACUGGUGCACAACAUCAAAGAGGUUGCGCAACAGUUUCUCUACCACUGGAGAACAUUUCCUAUCGUCCUUCCGCCGUCGCUCUCCACGUGUGUGGAAGGAGAGGACACGCUCGCUAGAAAGAAACACCACCUGAGGGACCUCUUCGUCGCUCCUAGCUUCGACGAGUUGGAUUCAGUAGCCGUGGACAGCAAGGGUGAACCCAGAAGGUUGACCAAGAAGCAACUGGAGAGCAUCAGUAAGCGAGGCUUUCAGAAGGAGAAGUACGGAAAACCGAAGAAGCUGAAUGCCACUCAAUUGGAGAGCAUUCGAAGAUGCGGAGAAUUCGAAGUCGAUUCAAUAAAUUUCGCUGGUCAAACCCAUCGAUGGAGAUUAAGCGGUCUUCUUCAACGUGGAAGGGACAGAAGACGAGAUGCAUUGCUUCGAGAUCUUGCUUUGGCGACCAGAUUCCUUGUAGUUACGGCAAAAGCUAGACUAGUGUCCCAUUGCUUCAGUAUUUCACAGUCUCUGAAAUCAUUGUUAACAGGCUUGUUACGGCUGCUUGACAUAAUAAUUGGAAUACCGUCUCUUCAAGCACACAAUCUAGAUGCUAAAAUCAGGGAAGAACGUUGUCGGUAUUUGGUUGCUGAAUUGGUGUGUAGGCCAGAAUACGAAGAUUCUCUAGAACUUCUAUGUGGUUUCGUUCGAAAACAACUUCGACGAGCAACAAUGGAGAAAUUCGAAGUGGAAAGAGAAUUGUCGCAACUGUUGCCUAUUCCGGUUCCUUUUGUAUUUGGAACGCCUGGCGGAGCAGUGGUUGACCUUAGAUUAUUUAGCAGAGACAUAAUCAGAAAAGUUUUACCGAUUCUAGUUGCUAUUUUGGAGAGAGAGACGCGAGGCUGGUUUCUUCAUUUCAGAGAAAGACUGAUAUCAGAAUUGAGAGCGCGGAAAAAGCCAGAUGAACAGAUUGAAAAGGAAGUUAACGAGGCUGUUAUGCGAGAAUAUUUACAAAGGGUCUUUUCCAACAUUUUGUCGCAUCCGGAUAUACUUGACCUUGGAAGCGGAAUCGCUCAACUUCUGGUCCAACAAGCACAAUCAGUUGUAUUAAUGCAUCGAGCCGUAGAAACUGUUCAACGUAAACUGUUGCAAACUAAGGAAUCGCUAAGACGUCAUAUCGAAGUGGAACGCCCAGUUCUCUCGCGAAUAGAGCCCUGGAUGCGUGACAGGAUGAGAGAAGUUGAAGAUAAGUUCAUAGAAGAGUGCGAAUGGAGUGCACACGAAGAAGCACUCACACUCUGUACUCAUCAGAAUUUACAACAGACGGUUUACUUUCUUAACCGUGAUUUAACCUUUAUGAAAGAGCGGGAACCGGUUUUACUGAAAGAACUGCGCAAAGUCAAAACACCUACAAGGAGCUUCCAAUGGCCAACUCAAAUAUGGCUGCCGAAGAAUUGGAUCGUCAGGCGUAAUUUUCAAGGCCAGUCUGAAGUUAUACCAACGGUGCUAAGUAGUACUCCGACAUCCAUUACAACACCUCGUGCUGAUCCGAGUCAACCAGUCUUCUUAGUCGAAAGGGAAAUCGUACACACAACUACAACAAGAUGGCCUAUGUGGCGAUGGAUAAACUAUGUAGCUAGGACAUGGUGUUGGACGUGGAAUGCAAUGUUCUUAUUAGGCGUAGCAGUGCCGUGGUGUAGUCCAGUCUCUAUACGAGCUCUGUUACUUGUGCAACCUUUUACUCCUGAUCUAGAAUUAAGUCAACUAAAUGGUACCCUGUUUCCCAGAAAGUCAUCUCAAAUGCCCACUCUUUGUUCUCGAUUGAUAGCUCUUUGGAGACACAUUAGCAAAAAUCGAACACAUUUUGAAACGGAACCGGAUACUGGAUUUAUUGGAAAAGGAAUGACAAGGCAUUUAAAUAGGCUUUGGAAUUAUGGUAUCAAAGGGCUUUUAGGAACACUCGUGAUAUUGUUUAUUUUUCCUGUUAUGUGUAUACUCACAAGUCUGGGAUCUCUGAUUAUUGCACUUACUGCAGCUUUGUGGAUGCCUUUAAUUACUUUAACAUUGCACGCAUUCAUGGCACUUAUAAUGGAUCUAGACAGUCCAGAACCAGGUCGGAAUCGAUAUUUAGUCAUUAUGGAAGCGUUAAUUUGGAAUAUCGGUGUACAAGGAUGUCUACAGCCAAUCGCAGCAUUAAUUGUAGCUUUUAUUUUGUGUCCCAUCAUUUCUUUUUUGAUACUUACAGUUGCUGUCAUACGUUACUGGAUUAGAGUGGUCUGGGACACGGCUAUGUUUCAUUUAGUAAUAAAGAACAGGGGUCGUAUACCUGCCAGCGAUAGCUUUGUAGUUAAAAGGAUAGCCGGGCCAGGACUAACAUCUGAUUAUUACUAUCAAAUUAGACCGGAGCAAGCAUUAGCUGCAUUUGAAGCGAAACUAGAGUUAGACGAGUUACUAGCUUUCCAGCAAGAAACAGAACGUUUGAUCACACAACCGCAGAGAGAUUUUACUCAGUUCGUGGAAGCCUGUUUUGGCCCAUUUGCUGCUAGUCUAGCUAAAACAAAAGACCCGUAUAAAUCACUUGAAAAGGAAGCUAAAGAUUUAAUUGCUAUGUUACAUGAAAAAUUGGAUAGACGUAGAAAAAAUUUACAAACUGGCCUCGCGAUGGUCGUAAGAAGUAAAAUAAAACUUACUACUUUUGAUUUGAAGGUAGUCAUACAACAAGGAGCUCUUAUGCUAGAACGUCUCUAUCCUACUCAUGUGUUUGCGAGAUUAUCAGGAAACGAAGAAGAUUUUUGGGAAAAUAAAGGUUUAAAUGUCGGUGACUGGGCUGGAUUAGCAGGUCUCAUGUAUGCGGACAUUUUCAGUUUAAAUUUCCUUCAACCUCUUGAUGAUACAGACACAAAGUUCAGGCUAGAGCCUCAUUCAGGGGUCGAUUUGUCACGUUAUACAGAUAUGAUUCAUAGUACUGAACUUGGUGGUAUCAAUGGACCAGAUUUACUUGGAGCUGUUUAUGCACCACGUGGAAAUAUACAAGUUUAUAGCCCCUAUCUGGAAGUUUCCGCUUUUAAUCCGCGAGCCAAGCAAACCAGUAAUAGCAGAAAAUCUGACAAACGAUGCGACACUGGAGGACUUUUAACGUCAACAAGAAUUAAAAAACGCACAACGUCAACAAACGGUACAACAGAAGUACGUUGGCAACCAUGGAAGCGACAAAUACGUCCUUACAGUGCGGAAAAGUUGCUCAUUCCGCUUCCUAUUCCGCAUCCAGCUCAUAUAGCUGUUACUAUUCACAAUCGCGACUCCGAAAGCCCGAUUCCACUUGACUCGGAACUCUGUCAGAAUAUACUAAGAGCAAUUGAAGAAUCGCCAGGUGAAAUGUCCACCGAGUACGUUAGCCGUUACAGAGGAGCGGCGGAUUCUAGCUUCGAUUCAGUAGCUUCACAUUCUUCAGUUUCUAUUGAGACUGGCUUGGAUAAAGACAAUGAGACACAAGAAACCGCCACGACCGAAAAAGAGGGUGAAACUUACCAUUGGACUCUAUCUAAUUGGGGCGGUGGUAUGACAAGAAGAAGAAAUAAUUCUGGAUCUAUAAAAGUCGAUUUAGCAUCUCCAGAAGACGUUACUCUGGACACAGAUACCACCAGAGUGAUGUUCAGUACAUACGGAACAACUGUUUAAAUUUAGUUCACUGUUACAUCAGGUAAAUAUAUAUAUAUAAUAGGUGCGAAUAGAAAUGAAUAAACAUAGGUUAAAAUCAGUAGAGUUAAUAUGAUUUUUUUGUCUACAUAAUUUUAUAAAUUUGCAUUUAUUUAUUCGACUUUUAUUCGUAUGAGAUAGAUUAAGUAAAAUUUUCUUUGUUAAAAGAAUUUUAAAUUCAAACUUGUACAAUCCAUUUUAGUAAAAAAAAAGGAACACUAAACUUACGAAUGCAAAACAUUGUAACGAAUUCAAUUAAAUUGCAACCGUAUGUUGUUCUAAUGAAUCUUUAACAAGAUUAUAUUCAAUAA